UUUACGGUUCAAAUUGGUGAGCGUGACUAUUCCGCGUUAACACGUUUAAUGGAUUAUUCGGUUGAUGCUCAAACGUUAUUUUCGCUUGAUAAAAUUGAGCUCUUUCGUGUACAUUUCAUUUCCACCGUUGAAUUACCGCUUCGUGGUUAUUUCACAUUAGACGAACGAUUUUCCAGGAAGCGAACAUCCAAACAUUUGCAGAAUUUUAAAAAAUGGAUCGGUGCUGCCAAUUUGGGUGAACGAUACUGUCAACAAUAUUAA